CUGAAGAAGAAGAACCAGAAGGAAAAGAAGGAGUGGCAACAAAAACGUCGACUUGCUAUUGCUAGACAGGCAGACAGUUGGCUUUUGAAGAAAGCGUAGAGACUAUUUGAACAAUAAGUUAAGAAUUUUCUAAAUACCAUAGCAGAUAAUUAUUGGAAAUUGUUAUAGAAAGUGCCAUGCACGCAAACACGGUAGUUAACUGAUCAAGCUAACGUUAGCUAAUUAGCCAGGCUAGAUAUCUCGCAGGUUCCAUCCAUUACCAGCUAAUGUUAGUUAAGUAGCUAACGUUAACUUAGUGGUGUCUGUCUUUCCACGUCAACACAGUGUGAUUUCGACAAGUGGAUAUUGCGAGAAGUUCAUCCGUUUAGGUGGGGAACUUUACAGUACAGAACAAGCAAACAAACCAAUCCAGGAAAUCGUGUGCUGCUGCUCGUUACGGGAAAAUAAGACGUCAUGCUGCCCUCAAAAGACGUCUGUUGGUCCUUGACAAUAUGGAUGGUACACCUUGCUUUCAUGGUUGUCACUGUUAAAGCUCAAGAAUGCUCCAAACCCAUAGGAAAGCCCAACAUGGUUUUGACAAAAUCCUUCAUCACCAAAGAGACAUUUGGAGACGGAACAGAUGCUAAUUUUGAGUGUGAAAUUGGAUAUGUCCGUAAAGGAGGGUCUCGAUCAGUCACCUGUACUGCUGGCGUUUGGAGUGAAGUGAAACUGACAUGCGAAAAAAAGACAUGUGGCUCCCCGGGAGAAGUGGAGAACGGCAUUUUUAGUCUCAAUGGAGGGAUUCUGUUUGGUGCCAAAGCUUCUGUUACCUGUGACACUGGCUAUACGCUUGUGGGCAGCGGUGUAAGGAACUGUUUGGACGAAGGCUGGGAUGGCAGAGUUCCUGUAUGUGAAGUGGUGAAGUGUGGAAAGCCCCCCACCAUUGUCAAGGGUGGACCUGUUAUCCCACCUGAAGAUGAGUACAGCUAUGGAAGUGUUGUGGAAUAUAGCUGUGAGAAUGAUUACACUCUGGUUGGAACUAGAUCCAUAGCCUGUGACAAGGACGGAGAAUUCCAGCCAGCUCCACCUGAGUGUAAAAAGGUUUCAUGUCCUACUCCUUUUGUUGAGAAUGGCGUUAGGACUGAAGGUCGUCUACCCCCCUACACGCACAAGUCUUUUGUGACGUAUAAGUGCAAAGAUGGAUAUAAGAUGGAGGGAAUGGCCAGUUUGACCUGUGAAAUAGAAGGCUGGUCAGCUCCUUAUCCCAAAUGCAAAGCAACAGAUCAUGUACCUGGCCCCGCUCCUGAUCCCACUGGUCCCCCAGCGGCCAACAGCCACACUUGGGAAAUAGUAGGGGGUGUUAUAGGUGGACUUGUCGGUGUUGGUAUUAUAGGAUUUAUAAUCAACAAAUUUAAAGGACGCUCUCGAGUUGGCUACUCAGGAAAUGUGGCCACUAAUAACUCUGAAGACAGAGAGUUGUAGCACCCUUGGCCAUGUUCCAAUUCUUCUUAUUUGCCUUGAGUAAAUGCAAAGUGAGUUACACCGCAGUGCAAGAGUCUCUUGCAAUAAGGCCACUGGGCCAUGGUGUUCUAGGAGGAAACCUGCAGCUCACUAAUAUCAGGCUAAAAUGAAUCCAAGUGUAUUUGUCACAUGCACAGAAUACAGCGGGUGUAACAGUAGUAGUGAAAUGCUUAAUUGCAGCAGUGCAAUGCUUACUUCCUCAACAGUGCAGAAUACAUUUAAAGUAGCAAAACUAUCAAUAUACAAAGUAGAUGUAGCUCAGUUGGUAGAGCAUGGCAUUUGCAACGCCAGGGUUGUGGGUUCGAUUCCAGUAUAAAAAAUAAAAAUGUAUGCACUCACUAACUGUAAGUCGCUCUGGAUAAGAGCGUCUGCUAAAUGACUAAAAUGUAAUGUAAAUGUAGAUGAAUCAGUGCAUUUUGAAUGUUAGAAGAGCUCUGGAUUCUUAACUUUGCCUUAUCAAUGGAAAAGACAGUUGUACCCUCUAUUUAUGUUAUAUUAUCUUGACGGACAUUUGUACCCUGUAUUUAUGUUAUAUUAUCUUGACGGACAUUUUCCACUGCCCCUUUUAUUCCAUUGCUUGGUUGUCUCAUACUAGAUGUCUUUACAGCAGUUUUUUUCUUUUUUGUUUGAGAAUAAAUGUGAUGUAAUUUAUAAUGUAAUGCGUGAGAUCUAAUCAAGUGGUUGCUUCAUAUGAACCCAGGUUCUUAUUUAGUAGAGUACAAUGUUCAGAUUGUGUAAUGAAGAAUAUUAUUGGGGUUAGGUGAAUAUAAAAGUAGGUUUGAAUUUGCUUUUCUGAUAAAUGUAGCCUACUAAAUAAGCAGAGCAGUGUUAAACGUAAAAACAAACAAGAUGAUCACGUUUUUACUGCUUUUUACUAGGCAUGUUUUCAAAAUGGAAUGAAAAUACAUGUUCCAGAAUGUCAUCUUUCAUGAUAUCUAAGACCCAACUAUCUAACAGGAGCACUUUGAAUGAAUAAAAUGAAGUAUUAAUGUGUGUUUAAAGUAUAAUGUAGAUCUCACUACUGACUCUAUAGACUAUAAACGCUGUACUUACAUCUGUCUAACCUGUUAUAUUAUCAGUGUGGAACCAUUUUAAACAAGUAUGUUGUGGUCAGCCAGUUAAGAAAAAAAAUUUUUCUUCACGUUUGAUUAAUGUACCAAUCAAUUAAACAGCAAUCAUUUACACAUGAA